GUUUAUCUGAGUUUAAUGAGACGCCGUGGCUCUGCGGAGCACCGGAAGGAGACGGGAGAGGAGGGGGAGGAGGCGCAGAGGGGCCGCAGAGGGGCUCAGAUGCUGCUCAGGGGGGCAGAGAAGGAGAAAACGAAAGAGAGAGAAGGAGAGAUGGCCACGGGAGCAAUCACAACUCUCCCGGCCAACCCUGACGACGGGGCCAGCGGAGGAUUUCCUUCAGGGAAUUUCAAGGAACCAAAACGUUUGUACUGCAAAAACGGUGGCUACUUCCUGCGGAUAAACUCGGAUGGCAGGGUGGACGGCAUUCGUGAGAAAAGCGACCCUCACAUUCGACUGCAGCUGCAGGCGACAGCCGUUGGUGAGGUGGUGAUCAAAGGCGUCCGCGCAAACCGUUACCUCGCCAUGAACGCAGACGGACGACUGUUUGGAACGAGAAGAGCAACAGAUGAAUGUUAUUUCUUCGAACACUUGGAGUCGAACAAUUACAACACCUACAGAUCCCGGAAAUACCCGAACUGGUACGUGGCUUUGAAGAGAACGGGCCAGUAUAAGAGCGGUUCUCAGACCGGCCCGGGGCAGAAGGCCAUUCUGUUCCUGCCCAUGUCUGCCAAAUGCUGAUUGCGAGACCGUCUUAAGUGACGCACACACACUUCUAACAAACCUGUGCUCAUCGGAAACAUCUGAAGUAGUUAAAGGUCAUCUGGAUCGCUCAAGGCCAUUCUUUAAAGUGCAGAUUCUUCAGGAAGACCACAUCCACUCAACAGACCACCGACACCAAGAACACAUCCCACCAAUAUGACUUCAGACCCAACUCUCCCCAACGGCAGUCGGGCUGUUCUGAAGCAUUCAGCUGCUUAGAGAAUGUUCCAGAUCUCACAGGAAUGUUAGAACAGCCACAAAAUGAGAGUUUAUUUAAUGCUGCUCUUUAGAGGUUUAUAUGCAAAAGGCUUAUUUACAUGUGUGUAUAUCUAUAUUGUGUAUUUCAUAGAAACAAAGGGAUUUUAUAAACACAUUAAUGAAGGGAUGAUGACAUCAUCAUGACCUUUAUUCUCGUUUUCAUUUACAGUCUUGCUGAGAAACAGUUACAUUUGCCAAACAACCGUUUGUAACAGUGUAACAGUGUGUAACAGUUUUAUAUUUUUACAGGUACACAAUCGGUCAAAAGUUUGGACAUUAAUUUAUGUUUGGAAAAGACUGAAUUUAUGUUUGUCAUGGUUUUAAAAACCAUUACGCAUAAAUGACUUUUGUUCAUGUAAAUUGUGAUGAUGUGUGUUAUUAUAUUUCUUUCAUGACUAUAUAAAUUCUUUGAUUUCCAUUUGUGUUUUGUCACAGAUUGAGUAGAUGUGUUCAAACUCGAGGACUGGUUGUGUACAUUCAAGAAUUCGGCUUUUGUGCGCUUCAAAGAAUAGUUUCCAUGGAUACAGUAGGACCGUAGGUACUUUGUCGGAGGUAGAGAACAAACAUGUCAGAAACUGAUACUGGCCCUUUAAGAACCAAAUCUCACAUUUGACCCUCAUUCGGUUUCAUACACUCUUAAAAUAAAAGGUUCUUCAGUGGCUCUGAGAAACAACUUUUUAUGAAGAAACAGUUCUUUAUUAUCUCUCGAUGUUUCAUUCUAGGUCCGUUAACCCUUUAAGCUCCGCCCGCGGGACAGCGAAGACAAAGAAAAUAUUGUCGAAAUAUUAAUAACGAAAGUCUUGACCAACACAUAAUAAGCGUCGUUAGAAAGUUUAGAAGCUCUACUUUAUAAUGCAUGUAGAUAUUAUGACCAAAACUGAACAAGUGCUUUGAAAUUUACUGAUAAAUCAGAAAGGUUCAAUUUUUAUUAUUUAUUUAAAAACGAUUUCACUGUUCGUAUUAUUACAAUCAGUAAAAACAUCAAACUGAUCAAAUAUUCAUGUGUAAUAUGUUGUUGGAAAGCUCUUAAAGAGUAAAAUACAACCAGCCUACUUGUUUUACUCACAGAUUAAAAUAUAGCGAGUAACAGCUAAAUAUAUGUCUUUCACUAUUAUGCUUACCUGCCGCGUUUUCACUUAUAACUUCAAGAAAAAUUAAUGUAACAUAAAAUCUCCCAUAUGAUUAUUUAGAGUCUGUGAUUAUCUUUCAAUCGAGUCCACACACAAGAUAAUCAGAUGUAUAGAUCAUUAGAUAAUCCACAUGAAGCACAAUGUUACAUAUGACCACCAGGAGAUGGCGCCAAAUACAUGACACAGACUCAAUGAUGACUCAAAUGACACAGAAUGAAACUCAUCCUGUGAAAUCUCAUGACUAAAAUCAUGUCUGCAUGCUAUGCAAACCUUUAGUCAUUGUUGUGUUUGCAUGUGUAAUUAGUUCUUAUGUACAAUUAUUAUCUUUUAUUUGUUUGGAGAUGUUUUUGGACACUUUGAUCAAUUAUAUUUGUAAUGUUGUAACUUUUGAUUGAUUUGUCAGUAUCAACACAAGAUUAUUCUCAGAUACAGUCGACAUGAUUGAGAAAGAAACAAAAGCAGUUUUUUAGAGUUACAUUAUUUACACCCAGAGAUAUAUCACGUCAAAUCAGAAAAAUAAUAAAUAAAAGAAAGUUAAGGCUAAAUUUCAUAAUCUAUACCAUUAAAACAUUUGAAAAGUUUUCUUUAUAAUGAUACCUAACACAACCCUAUUUUAUAUUAAGUUUAUUAGCCUUUAAUUUUGGGUAUGCCGCUAAAACAGGAAAUAUUUAAAAACACCUUCAGAGCUCAAAGGGUUAAACAUCAGCGUGCAGCUUAUUUUCUGCCCAUUUGUAAUAAAUAAAUACAAUGAUAAAAACGAAAGUGAAACCAAAACCCCAUUAACCAUUUAAUUUCCACAGGAAACUUCUUAAGAAGAAACACUUUCACAUCUUUUAUUUUUAACUUUUAUUUGCCGUUAUUAAAUUCAUCAAUUUAAUAAUAGUAAUUAAACUAAAGAAAUGUGGAAGAUCUGAAGCAUUUUACCAUGCUGA